CGUCGCGGGUGGCUGCGGAGCAGAGUCCGGGUGGAGUGAGCGGAGAAGGAGGAGGAAGAUGGUGGAGGGGGAGGCCGUGCUAGCGGCUGAAGUGAAAGCGUCUUUCCAGGUUUCCUGCUCACCAGCGCGCAGCUGCCGCCCUCCGCAUCUGUGUCAGACCUGCUGCUGCUGUUGUACGCAGUGAGUGAGGCUGCCGCACAAGUCCCGAGCAAAAGCUUCAACACACACAAUGUCAGUAGAAUAAGUGAGGCACCUUCUAGAACCUGCCAUGAACCAUUUUGAGGGACCACCUGAAGGAGAGGUGAAUGGUGAACUAGCAACUAGGGAAGUGAAUGAGUCUGUGGAGGCGGACCUGGAACACUCUGAGGUGGAAGAGGAACAGCAACAGUAUGCCAUUCAUUAUCCAAGAUGCACCAAUGGCAACCAUGAAGGACAUUCUAGGCAGGAAGAAGAGGGCACAUUAGCACGGUCAGCAAGUACUGAAAGUGGUUUUCAUAAUCAUACUGAUACUGCUGAGGGAGAUGUCAUAGCAACAACAGAAGAUGGCUAUGAAGGAGACAGAGUCCUAGAGAAUGAGGAUGAAAAUGCCUAUGCAGUACAAUACAGACCUGAGGCAGAGGAGUAUACAGAAAAUGCUGAAGCAGAACAUACUGAGACUAUUCAUAAUCGAACUCUUCCCAACCACUUGCACUUUCAUUCCAUUGAGCAUGAGGAAGCCAUGAAUGCUGCAUAUUCAGGCUAUGUGUACACCCAUCGGAUCUUCCAUCGAGGGGAAGAUGAGCAGUAUGCAGAACCCUAUGCUGACUAUGGGCUGCAAGAGCAUGUGUAUGAGGAGAUAGGAGAUACUCCUGACCUCGAUGUCAGGGAUGGUAUUAGACUAUAUGAACAAGAGAGGGAGGAGGCUGACAACUACCGAAAGGAAGCUUUGGGAGCCCGCCUCCAUCAUUAUGAUGAACGAUCUGAUGGGGAGUCUGACAGUCCUGAGAAGGAGGCAGAGUUUGCGCCCUAUCCAAGGAUGGACAGUUAUGAACAAGAGGAAGAUAUUGACCAAAUUGUGGCCGAAGUCAAACAGAGCAUGAGUUCUCAGAGUCUAGACAAAGCUGCUGAAGACAUGCCAGAAGCAGAGCAGAAUGUGGACACUAGUAAUGCUCCUAGUAAUGUGCAUCAUGAAAGCAACAGUCAGCUUCCAGUUGGCUCUAAGUCUUCUGCUAAUAUAGGAGAAUCAGUGCAACGAUAUAGCAAAGAAAAAAGGGAUGCGAUAUCACUGGCUAUCAAAGACAUUAAAGAGGCUAUUGAGGAAGUGAAGACCAGGACCAUUCGUUCUCCUUAUACCCCUGAUGAACCCAAAGAACCUAUAUGGGUUAUGAGACAAGACAUCAGUCCAACUAGGGAUGGUGAGGAUCAAAGGCCACUAGAGGAAGAUUCUCCAUCUCCUGAUUCAUCUUCACCUCAAGGUGCCGAAUCAUCAGGUAUGCAACAUCAUCAGGAUGUCUGUGGUAUGGCAGAAACACCCACUAAUAAGGAGUCACGAAAAAGUUUGGCUUCAUUUCCAACAUAUGUUGAAGUUCCUGGGCCUUGUGACCCUGAAGACUUGAUUGAUGGAAUCAUAUUUGCUGCCAAUUACCUUGGCUCCACUCAGCUUCUCUCGGACAAAACUCCAUCCAAGAAUGUGAGAAUGAUGCAAGCUCAAGAAGCUGUUAGCCGAAUCAAGAUGGCCCAGAAAUUAGCCAAAAGCAGGAAGAAGGCUCCUGAAGGUGAAUCUCAACCCAUGACAGAAGUUGACCUCUUCAUUUCAACACAGAGAAUAAAAGUGCUGAAUGCAGAUACACAGGAAACUAUGAUGGAUCAUCCUCUGAGGACCAUUUCCUACAUUGCAGAUAUUGGGAAUAUAGUUGUGUUGAUGGCCCGCAGGAGAAUGCCAAGAUCUAAUUCCCAAGAUAAUGUGGAAGCAUCUCACCCCUCCCAGGAUGGGAAGAGGCAGUAUAAAAUGAUGUGCCAUGUUUUUGAAUCUGAGGAUGCACAGCUAAUUGCACAGUCCAUAGGCCAGGCAUUUAGUGUGGCCUACCAGGAAUUUCUAAGAGCAAAUGGAAUAAAUCCAGAAGACCUAAGCCAGAAGGAAUACAGUGACCUUCUCAACACUCAAGACAUGUACAAUGAUGACCUGAUCCACUUCUCUAAAUCUGAGAACUGCAAGGACGUUUUCAUUGAGAAACAAAAGGGAGAAAUUCUGGGUGUGGUUAUUGUAGAAUCCGGAUGGGGAUCCAUCUUGCCUACAGUUAUUAUUGCCAACAUGAUGCAUGGAGGACCAGCUGAGAAGUCUGGGAAACUGAACAUAGGGGACCAAAUCAUGUCAAUCAACGGGACUAGUUUGGUUGGCCUUCCACUCUCUACAUGCCAGAGUAUCAUAAAGGGUCUAAAAAACCAGGCCAGAGUUAAGCUGAAUAUAGUGAGAUGUCCUCCAGUAACUACUGUCCUCAUCCGAAGACCAGACCUCAGAUAUCAGCUCGGCUUCAGUGUACAGAAUGGCAUUAUCUGUAGCCUUAUGAGAGGAGGGAUUGCAGAGCGAGGAGGAGUACGAGUGGGUCACCGGAUUAUUGAAAUAAAUGGGCAAAGUGUUGUAGCAACCCCUCAUGAGAAGAUUGUUCACAUCCUCUCAAAUGCUGUUGGUGAGAUCCAUAUGAAGACUAUGCCAGCUGCCAUGUACAGACUCUUGACAGCACAGGAACAGCCAGUUUACAUCUAAAGCUCACCUUCCUAGUAUGCAUGGAGGACUUCUCUCCUCAUUAGUGGUUGUGUUUUCUUGUGCUGCAUUUUGGUGUCUGCAGCAACAUUUUCUCUCCCCGCCCCCCUUUUAUCAUUUUGCUGUGUACAAAACAUUUUUGGUUGCACCGUUUUACUACUAGAAUUUUAUGUAAUUCUUCACAGCAGAGAAAAACAACCAAGAUUCUCUUUCUCCCUCACACACACACACCUGCAGUUGUUCAGGCUAUGUUAUCAUUUUGUGCUCCUGUGGCUGUUAAGACAGACAACACAAGUACACCAAAUGAAAGAAAGCUCUGUUUACCAAAUAGAUCAGACUAUAUGGUACAAUUCUCUCAGAUGGGAUUUGUAAAUUCGGUAAUGAUGUUGUGCUGCAUAUGUAAGAGGAAAGCACUCGAUGAUAUUGUUCUAAAGAAAAAAAUUGAGUUGUGUUUGAGGAAGGCAAGAUGGGCAACCCCCUCUCUCCCCCAUUUUUCAUCUGAGAAUUGCUUCCAUAAUGUACUCGGCAGGCACCUAUGUAUUAGGCAAGUUUUGCCUCAAGGGUAGUGUUUAUCCUUUGCUGAAAAUCCUCUGGGACUAAAUUUUGCAUUGUUGGUGGGAGAUUUUGCUACCAGAGUUUACAUGCUACAUGUAAGCCUUUCUCCCUCUGUUCUUUAGAGUACUUUAUUUUUAGGAGCAGUAUGGUUUUUGCAUAUGGCUUUUCUAAUCUCUGCUUUCUUUAGCUGUGUGUUGCAACCCUAAAUACCUAACUAAGUUAGGGGAGCAGGGGUAAGACUGCCGUGGACCUUAAUUUCCUAGAGUUCUUCAUUUAGUGAACAUGUCGCUGUAUGUGUGUGGAUGUGGGCUGACUGGUUGUCACAUUUUUAAACUGUAUGCUUGAUAUUUAUGAUCUUUUCUCAAGUCCAUACAGUUUUAAAUUGUUCUGUUAUUCUGAGCCAGUAUACUUUUAACAUAUCUCUGGUCCAAAAGUUUGUAUUUAAUAUUUUAAAGACAAGUUCUCUUUAAUUUUGGACCAUAGCAUCAUUGGAAUAGUUGAAGGGUAUACAUUUAAUUUAUUUUGUAAUAUAUACAUAUAUAAAUAAAUAUAUACAUAAAUAUAUAUGUGAAGUUAAUCUCAGACGUGGGAUCUAAAAGAGUAUGAUCACUUACUAUAGAUGCUUGUGCAAUGAGUGUUCCAAAAUGUUUUGGUGAUGGUAUUUAAAAUCAAGGUCAGUAGACUUCAGUAUUUGUAGCAAAAAAAAAAGUUCCUCUGGCACCUUGAACAUGAAUACAUUUAUCGAGACAUAUGUCUUAGUAGGAUACAGGCACAAAAACAUGUCAUAAUUACCUUGUCUCAAUAAAUGUAUUAGUUUUUAAGGUUCCCCAAGACUCUUAGUUAGUUUUGCUAUGGCAUACUAACAUGGUUGCCUUUCUGGAAUUUAUCUAUGUAUGAGGAAGAAAAAUAGGAGAUACUUUGUAUGAUGACAGCCCAGUGCACUAUUCAGGAAAGCACUGGUGCAUCAGUUAAAGGGGCUGGGAUUUGCAUGUACCUGUUGCAUAGAUAACUAAUUGCAUACUUUUGAGAUUGAGUGUUCUUAAUGGGUCUUGUAUGUGGAUACAUGGAUAUCCCACCACCUGCACCAAGCAUAGAGAGAGCAAGAGGGUGCUGGUGUGACAGAACUUUCAGCCACUUAAUGGGUAAAAUAAGUAGGCCCUGGGGAACCAGGGAAUUACUACCUCUAUACUCUAUCCCCCUUACACUACUGGAAGUGGCUACAUAAUAUAGGAAUAAUGGCAGGAUUUGAGGUUAAUUCUAUUCUUCCACCAAAGUUGUAAAUGAUUGCAUUUUGUUGCCCAUAACUUUGUAGGAAAGGGAAAUAGGAAUACAUAGCAAUCAAGGCAGAUUCUAGUUGCCUGAUCCUAUGCACCUAGAUCCACCUAAGCCCUUUUAAAAUCCUGAUUCUACAUAUUAUCAGUCUUUUGUUUAAAUUGGCUGCAGGUUAGAGCUUUGAAAACUUCAGAUAUUAUAGCUUUACUGAAACUGAGGAGAUGUGAACUUGGAUGCAGUCUAACCACUGAGGGUUCCAAGUAAGAGGAAACAAACAUACAAUAAAUAUUUUAAAAAAAUUGGCUGCCAGCUUUGAAAGAAAAACCAAAAUAAAAUAAAAUUAUAACUAUUAUCCAAAAUAUUUCACCAUUUACUUUGAUAUGGAAAACUUAAAAGAUUUAUGAAUGCCCCUUUUUCAGGUCUUAUAAAUAGCCUGAAAAAUAUGAAGUUCUGUGCAGAUUUUCCAUGUUUCUUUUUUAAAAGCAGAGGUCAAAUUUUUGCUGCUGAAAAAUAGAAGCUGCUAUACAAGAGAAGGAAAUAAACCUCAUUUGAGUAGCAGGAGUUAUUGAAAGGUUCAAAGUAGGAAUUUAUUGUGUUCAGUGUGAAGACACCCACAUUAUUGUAUUUUUCUUACAGGAUUUCAAACCAUGGAAUAAUCAUUUUUAAAAAUGCGGUAGUAUUAGUUUUCCAGUUUGCUGAUGAUAUUCUGUUCUCAGACUCAUACACCUUGAUCAAGAACACUGAGCUUUCCAAAUGGUCACAUGAACAAUGUUUAUAAAUAAUUAUAUGCAUAUAUGCAUCAACCAAUGGAAGUAUGAUAUAUAUUACAUAUAAUUUAGUUUAGGCACCAUACAAUGUCUCCUCCCUCCUGACCUCAUCAAUAGCCUUUAUUUUACAUUGAGGAAAGACCAUGCCUGUGCAAAGUCAUCUUGCCUCUAAACACGUAUUAAUUCUGCUUCUCUUCACACAAUCAAGUCUCCCACCCCUAUUUCCCUGUAUUCAAAGCAGAUAGUCCAGAAAUUUUCUGAAUUAAAAGCUAGACUUUUGAGGGUCCAGCUACUCCUCAGCAGUGUUACCUCCCAGAAUAGAUUUACUCCUACUUCUGGCUUAUCUAAGACAUUUAUUUUCAUAGAUUGUAGAGAGAGUUCUAUCAGAGUACAAAAGAGAAUAGGGCAGAUAUAAGAGUCAAAUAAAUCUGGACAUCUUUAUAACUUGAAUUACUAUGAAUGGAUUUCAGAUUAUUACAAAUAUGACAGAAAAUCAUGCAUUUCUCAAAUGCCUUCUAGUCUGUUAUUACCGUAGUCUUUAAUACUGGUUUGGAUAUGUGGGGCUGGUUCACAGAGCCAGAGGCUCCUCUUGAACACAUAAAUGCUCUUGAACCAAACUGUACAGGAUGUGAAUCCCCUCACAGUUGUAGAAACUGCUGUUGCAGUCAGAGAAAUCAUUGUUGUCUAUGUACAGCCUAGUUCAUACUAAGUUUUUUUCUGCACAGUUUAAGAGGAGAAACUUCAGUUUUUAUAACCAGCUAGUUUUCAACUCAUGCAGAAGAAUUUGAAUGAUAUGGGCUGGAAGGUUAGAGGUGACACCAUUGGUUGAAAGGUGAUGUUUUAAACAGAUCUUAAGAGGAGCAGUUACUGGAAGGAGAUUGCCUUCUCUAUGGGAUCAAAAGAACAGUUUAUUGUAUACCCCUUCCAGUUUGCAGAACUCCAGCAAGAAUGAUAACUGUGUACUUCAACAACUCUUCCAUGUUUACAAUAAAAUUGAAACUGCCUCUUGAUUUACCAUUUUUCUGUGUGUCUGGAUCAUGUUAUAACUUGCAAUAUGUUUCAGGAUUUCUCAGUGCAGGCUUUUGUGGUAGGGAGGGGGAGUUCUUUGUACUUCUCAGAAUAAAAAGAAAUCUGUGUCUGAAGAUGGCAAGUGUGUGUGUAUAUAUACAUAGAAAGAGAGCACAGUACUAAUAAAUAUGAAUCUGUACUAUUGUUCUGUAAAGAAGGUGAAUAGAAAUAAUUGAAAAGCGUUGGGAGAAGUAUAGUAUUGUAUUUGUAACAAUAUUGUUCUUUGUAAACACUAAACUUGAGUUCUAUAUAUAUACACACAAAAAUGUGAGCCUGGAAUGUUGAUACUGCACAUCUGCUGAAUGUAACUUUUCAGAUUUUUGUCACAGGUCUUUUUGCCCCUUCUCUGUAAUCAAGCUUACAGUGGUUUAAAGGGGAUUUGGUUUAAAAAAAAAUCUGGCCUCUGUUUUAUUGUGAUGUAUUCAUGUGUGCUACAUUCCUUUAUUUAACAGAGUGCUAAUAUCUGUAAGAUUUGCAACAAUAAACAAAUGUACCAACAAAAGCAUUAGAUACA